AACAGUAAACUAUUUUAUGUAGCAAUACAGAGAGAUGGAGGCCAAGGUCAGCGAGACCCUGGGCAGCAUGCAAGAGGAUCUCAAAGGAACUUACUACUCUCUGACUGGAAUGGACAAGGCGACGCAACAGAAGCUCAUAGAUGACCAUUUCCUUUUCAAGGAAGGAGACAGGUUCCUUCAAGCAGCCAAUGCCUGCCGUUUCUGGCCGACUGGUCGAGGUAUUUUUCACAACGAUAACAAGACAUUCUUGGUGUGGGUGAACGAGGAAGACCACUUGAGGAUUAUUUCUAUGCAGAAGGGUGGAGAUUUAAAACAAGUCUACUCUCGGCUAGUUCACGUAAGUCUCGUUACACGGGUCUGCUCUCGGCUAGUUCACGUAAGUCUCGUUACACGGGUCUGCUCUCGGCUAGCUCAC